ACCGCCGUGAGAUACGCACGGCAGCGCCGCCUGACGGCCGCAUGGGAAACUAAACAUGAAAUUCGAAAUUAAUGUGUACUUAACAUUGUGACCGAUCAGUGAUUGUGUUCAGUGGAUUGCAUUUUUAUUUUUUUUACAGUGAUUUUUUUUAUAGAUAUAUGAAUUUUUAAUGUGCGUUCGGCAGUGCCGCAUAGAGCCUACAAAGCCUUCGGAACACAGGAUAAAUAUCUGCUGAUAAUACCUCAUUUAUAACGAGCCAGUAAUCCGCAACCCGGCGAGGGUUGGCAGUAAAACGGCGGUCAACGCCACGAUAGAUACGAUUCCCUCACCCAGAAAUGCCUCCGCAGGGGAAAUUUAGCGCGCUAGAAGACGACUAUAUAGAGGUGAUGUCGAGGAGAGGACAGAGUCGGUCGCCGUAGCCCAGACUAACUGUUCUACCCACGAGAAGAGAGAGGAAGAGAAGUCGCCAGAAGAAAUAUAUUAUAACUUUAACGAUGUGGAUUCAUCGGGUGCCAAGUAACAAAAUGAACCUCCUCAACAUGGACGCGGAGAACCGCGUGGUCCUGAACGUAGGAGGAAUCCGUCACGAGACGUACAAAGCGACGUUGAAAAAGAUCCCGGCGACCAGGCUCUCCCGGCUGACGGAGGCGCUCGCCAACUACGACCCCGUCCUCAACGAGUACUUCUUCGAUAGGCAUCCUGGAGUCUUCGCCCAAGUCUUGAAUUAUUACAGAACGGGCAAGCUCCACUACCCUACAGACGUCUGCGGGCCACUCUUCGAGGAGGAGCUGGAGUUCUGGGGCCUGGACGCCAACCAGGUGGAACCGUGCUGCUGGAUGACGUAUACACAGCAUCGGGACACCCAAGAAACUCUGGCAGUCUUAGAUCGGCUAGACUUAGACACAGAGAAACCGACGGAUGAGGAGGUGGCCCGGAAAUUUGGCUUCGAAGAAGACUAUAUGAAGGGGACGGUGUCGUGGUGGCAGCAUCUGAAGCCACAGAUGUGGUCGCUGUUUGAUGAGCCAUACAGCUCCAAUGCUGCUAAGAUAAUCGGCGUCAUAUCUGUGUUCUUCAUAUGCGUAUCAAUAAUAUCGUUCUGUCUAAAAACUCACCCGGACAUGAGAGUGCCAGUGAUUAGAAACUAUACAGUGACGACUGCCAACCAAUCGCAGGGUUGGGCGUUGGACAAAGUGCAAACAAACGCCCACGUAGCGUUUUUCUAUAUAGAAUGUGUGUGUAACGCUUGGUUCACAUUAGAGAUCCUAGUGCGUUUCAUCUCAUCACCCAACAAGUGUGAAUUCGUCAAAUCUUCCGUCAACAUCAUCGACUACAUAGCCACCAUGAGCUUCUACAUUGAUCUAAUCCUCCAGAAGUACGCGUCACAUGUCGAAAACGCGGAUAUUCUGGAGUUCUUCUCUAUUAUUAGGAUCAUGAGGCUGUUCAAACUCACGAGACACUCUUCGGGUCUCAAGAUUUUGAUACAGACCUUUAGGGCGUCAGCGAAGGAGUUGACGCUGCUAGUGUUCUUCCUUGUGCUGGGUAUUGUAAUAUUCGCUAGUCUGGUGUACUACGCGGAAAGGAUACAAACGAAUCCCCACAACGACUUCAAUAGCAUACCGCUGGGGCUGUGGUGGGCACUCGUGACGAUGACGACUGUUGGAUACGGUGACAUGGCGCCGAAGACCUAUGUUGGCAUGUUUGUCGGUGCGCUUUGCGCGUUAGCAGGCGUGUUAACCAUAGCUCUUCCGGUGCCAGUCAUCGUAUCCAAUUUCGCCAUGUACUACUCACAUACACAAGCGAGAGCUAAGUUACCAAAGAAGAGGCGAAGAGUUAUCAAUGUAGAGCCCACGAGGCCACCUAUGCGUGCCCCAGUGCCAGGUGCUCCUAAUCCCCUAGCACCAGGCAUGGGUCCUCAGGUAGUAAACCGCAGAAUGAAUGCCAUCAAAACAAAUCAUCCUAAAGAUAUGAUAGGACCUAACAUGGUUGCAACUUUGAUGCCCGGGAUGGACCUAUCGGUCACGACUCGUCUUUCUCCCAGCCCACAAGGAAUGAGCCCCGCGCUUGCUAUUGCAAUACCAAUGAUGAAAUCCGUAAAUAUAGUACCAUCUCAAUGUUUUGACAACAUGGCGUACCACAGCGAGAAAUCCGAAGAAAAAGAGGCGGAUAGUAAUAAAGAAAGCAGUAAAACUUGCAGCCGUCAGGAAUCUGUGGAAAGCGACAAUACUGUCAGAGUAAUGAACUUCAAAAAUGAUAUAUUUAUGGAUAAAGUGAAUGAAGAGAAGACAGACGCCCGCACGCCUCUGUUGAGGGAUCACAAGAUUGAGUCAUUGGAUGAAACGAAAUUGAGGGACAAUAAGACGGAGAAAAGGAAAUCGUCUGCUUCUACAUAACGUUAAUAAUAUUACGACCAAUAGUGCUAAGAAUGUUUUUUAAAAUUCGCUUGCUGUGAAAACGAUAUCUUAAUAGAUGUAACAUUUUGGCAACAAAACUAACAGUCAAAAGAAAGAAAGACUUCAAUCACAUAAUAAUAAUAUCAUCGAUGUCAGUUAAAAUAGUUACAUAAAAGCCUUUUUUGAAAGCAGUUACGAUUCUAUCUAAGAAAUGAUAUGAAUAAUCAUCAUUGAUAUAGCAUUUUAUUGGUAAGCGCAUUCAAGGCCGUGAUAGGUGUAAGAUAGCUAAGUGUUUACAGGCACUUAUUAACAUUUUAUAACACAUACGUAUAUUAGAAUAGCUGCUAUCACAAUCUAGUAAAAAAUAAAUGUAAGGCAACGACCAGUAUAGAUAGGCCCAUUAUAUCUCUUUCCUGCGUACCCAUACACAUGACUUCGAAGUCUAGUUAUACUGGUCGCGUAGUCAUCGUUAAUGACCAGAAAAUUCGUAAUCAUAGUGGAGUAUGUUUACUGUCCAUUAGUGAGAGAGGUGAAGCUUGUUUAGGUCUAAUAAAUGCAAAUAUUAAAUUUGAUUUUCUAAACAAGCAAUGUUUCGCAAUAGUUUUGGAUAAACAAAAACAUGAAACUACAGCGAUUUUGAAUUUCGAACAUGAAGUGGGUACUUCAACAUCGCUUGAUUUGCUUCUAGCCCUUAAAACAUUAUACUCAGUAGACUUUUUUGUUCCAUCAGUAUUCUGAAGUCCAAACCAAGUUUUACCUCUAUCAAAUAAGCUAACGAUAAAUAUACUGUAAAUAUUAGUAGCGUUACUAAUUUUGUAUCUUUAACAGUUAAAAUAAUCACUAGACAACACAUAUCAUUGGCACUUUCUUUCAUUCUUGGUGUUAUAUACCUGUUUUACAUGUAUAUAGAUAAAUAUAAAUAGCAUAAACUAUACAUUAUAAGCGUAGAUAGUGUUAAAGAAAUUAUUUAAAAUAAACAAAAUACAGUAAAUUGGCUGAGAAUUUUGGUUUGCGUUUUGGAUAAACAAAUUUAAAUUGAGCCCCCAAAAAUGUAAAUCGGGGGCUUGGCGAUGUCAUCAUACAAUUUUAUAAAGCCCUUUCAUUGCGAAUUAACAAAGAUGGCGUGAUCAAUGAUCAUAGUCACGUGGUUAUCAAAUAAAAGCCUAACACGAGUUGUCUUUUCGACUUUAAAGUGAUGUAAAAGAGGUCAUUUUACCUAAGCAUCCUAAAGCUGCAUCAACUUCUUUUGUUAUUGAGACUUAAGAAAUGGGUAUUCAAACAAAAUACUCACGAAAUGGGAAACGCUGUUCACAUAGUGAUGAAAGGGUACUAACGUUCGAAAAGAAAAUGUUAAGUGGGCUUUUUUGUUUAUAUGUUGCUUAGCAACGUAUGAGAAGUAUUUUCCUUCAAUAAAAUAAAUUGUAAAUCAUGUCUAAAUUUUGGGACCCUUUAAUGUUUUAUAAUAUGUAUAAAUAUUGCGUGGAUUUAAAUAAAUUAUUAUCUUGCGUGCCAGGAAUCCUAAGAUACAAGUUUUGUUAAAUAGUACCUUCUUUACAACCAUUGUAAU